AUGGAAGAUGACGAUAGAAAACUGGCUGCGGUCACUCAUAGCGGCAAGGUGGAAAUUGAUAAUGUGAUGGGAAAUGAAGAUACUCAAAAGUAUGAAGAAGAUAAGGGCAUAGAGGAACAAGAGUCACUCAUCCAUCAAAACUUUGCCAAAGUACCUUCUAAAGAAGUGGAACAACAGGUUCACAUUCCAAAGGUUAUGCAACCUUUACCCAAAAUACAUCCACCAUUUCCCCAACUCUUGAAGAAGAGGGUCAAUAAGUUUCUGUCAGUGCUCAAGACACUAUCAAUCAACCUCCCCCUUAUGGAAGCGUUAUUGGAAAUGCUGGGAUAUGCCAAGUUCAUGAAAGAUCUAGUCACAAAAAUAAAGAGCUUGGAUUUUGAGACAAUUGAAGUUUCAUAUAGUUGCAGUGCAAUUAUGUCCAAGGAGCUGAUCAAAAAGAGAGAAUAUCCCGGCGCAUUCACCAUCCUUUGCACCAUAGGCGUGCUCCAAUUCGCUAAAGCUUUAUGCAAUUUGGGAGCAAGCAUCAACUUAAUGCCUUAUGAAAUAUACAUACAACUUGGGUUGGGUGAGCCGAAAGCAACCACUAUGAGACUUCUGAUGGCAGACCGUUCAAUCAAACAUCAUGUAGGGAUACUUUAUGACAUUUUGGUAAAGGUCAAUCGGUUCAUCUUUUCGGCUGAUUUUGUAAUUUUAGAUUGUGAAAUAGAUGCCGAAAUUCCCAUUAUUUUGGUAAGGCCAUUCUUGGCAACCGGGAGAGCAUUGGUGGAUGUUAAGAGUGGAGAAUUGAUGUUUCGGGUGAACGAAGAUGCAGUAACCUUUAACAUUUGUAAAUCCAUGAAACACCCAAGUGAUAUUCAUAUGGUGUCUACUGAUGAUGUUAUUGAAAGGCGGUAG